UCUCUCCCAUCCAGCAUGGACGUCGCUGCAGAAAGUGUGGAAGUGGAAAGUGGUAAUAACUCGGAGCCAGAGGACGACAGAUGCUCAGAUAACGAUUUUGGUCCUUCAGUACUCGGAACAAAAGAAUAUUGGGAAAAUGCAUACCAAAAAGAACUUGAGACAUUCACAGACAUCGGGGAUGUUGGUGAGAUAUGGUUUGGUGAGGAGAGCAUGAGCCGUGUGCUGCGAUGGAUGGACAAGGCUAAGAUCCCCAAAGAUGCAGCCAUUCUUGACAUUGGCACUGGAAACGGAGCCUUUUUAGUUGAACUGGCUAAACAAGGAUACAGGAAUUUGAUGGGUAUAGAUUAUUCUCCAGCCUCUGUAGAAUUGUCAAAAAAAGUUCUGCAGGCGGAGGACUUGAUGGAUAUCUCUGUAAAGGAGACAGAUUUCUUAAACUGCCAAGGGGAGCUAAAGGGUUUUGACGUGUGCAUCGAUAAAGGAACAUUCGACGCAAUAAGUUUGAACCCAGACAACUCCAAAGAGAACAAAAAACUCUAUGUUCAAGCACUAAAAGAUGCUCUUAAGGACAAAGGAUUCUUCGCUAUCACUUCGUGUAACUGGACAAAAGAGCAGCUGCUAGAAAGAUUCAAUGAAGGAUUUGAGUUUGUACAAGAGCUGCCAACACCAAGUUUCCAGUUUGGAGGCAAGACGGGCAACAGUGUGACAGCACUCAUUUUCAAGCGAGUACAUUGACCCACAACCCAAGAGGAUAUUUGUCCUUUUUCUGAAAUAAAUUCUGCAUUUUUUUUUUGUUUAUCACAGGAAAUCAUACUACUUGUGCUGACUUUUUUUUUUUUUUUACAAUACUUGAUUAUAUCAUUUUAUAAACUAUGAGUCAUGAAGCAGGCACUCAGUGUAACAGAGUUGAACAGUUUUCAUGAAAUAAAAUUGUUUUUGUUUU